ACGACAACGAUGACAACGUUGACUGGACGUCGAUAUAUAUCUCGGGCGACACCGACACUGCUGUUGAUGCUGCUGGUGCUGGUCGGCGCGCUAAUCAACGUCGCCCACAGCCAGUACAUCACGAGUGAUGAGUCGUGUCCCUUCCAGCCACUGCCAUCCACCUUUGACUCGAUCACCUACCUCGGCUACAACCAGGAGAUGCACAUUCAGAACACCUACCACUAUGACUACAAGAACGUCUAUAAAGAGAUCACAUUCACUCUGCAACAAAAGAGUGCCUUUAGGAUCUAUGUUGCGCCAAUGGUCGUCGACGUCGACGUCUGGCUCUACGACAUCUCAUCCUCAACCAUAAACAUUAUCGCCCACACUGUUGACGCAACAACUGGAAUGGACGAGUCACUCAGCGCUACACUCAACUCUGGCACUUAUAAGAUCAAGUUGAUGUUCUUUGGCGCGAACAAGGCCAGUAAGUUGGCCUGCCCAACGAUCAAUCUGGAGUACUCUGUGGUGCCAAUCGCCUUGUUGAGCUCAAGAUCGCAGAGCAUCCAGUGCCCAGCCGCAGGCUCGACCUUCCCCAAUCUGGCACUGGACAUGACGGACCUGACAACUUAUCGCUAUGACUCGGAUGUCAACGAGACAGGCACCGUAAUGAACAUAGUCGACACCAAGGCCACUGGCUCACACAAUGUCACCUUCUUCAAGAAGUACUCGCUGGUGCUGCCCUCCGGAUCCAUCUCCACUGACAAGUGGGGCAUCGAGAUCACAAUGGGCUUUGACUUUCUCACGGGCGGCUCGCUCGGACUGCUCCUGCAGUCGUCCGACGUACCCGCACCAACUGGCACUUUCUCAUGCAUUGGCGCCGGCAACUGCACGAUUGGCGUACACACGACCAAGAACCAUGCCACGCUCAAGGCCGUUGUAACACCUGGCUUGUACGACUUGUAUCUCUAUGACCAGACACAGGAGAAGGACUACACGAUCGGUCCCAGCUGCACGAUCUUCUCGCUUCAAGUCGAUAUCGAGUCGGCACACGUCACCGAGACCUUCCUGAACUGCGACACCUACUCACUGCCCACCACCUUCAAUGGUCCAGGCUUCAUCGAUGAUGGAGGCUACCUCUACUUCUCUGAGGAGCUCUUCUUAGACUUGGUGUCCAAGUCUGACAAUGUCAUGUUCACAAUCACAACACCAAGCUUCGUUCGCGCUUACAUCCCAGAGCAUAGAGUCGACAUUGAUAUGAAGCUCACCAAUGGAUCAAACCUUGUAGUUCAGUCACUCAAGUGGGGCGGAGAGGAGGAGAUCACAGCCUACCUUUAUCCAGGCACCUACAACUUCACCGUGAUGUUCUUUGGAAAGAACAUCGAUGUGUUCUGCGACACCUUCCACUUGGACUUUGCCAUCACACCACAGUCCGACUACGACCAGCUCAACUACUGCAAGCAGUUGACCAACAACGUCGCGCCACAAUUCCAAGGCAUGCAGCAGUCACUCACGGCCAACGGCACCUACACGCUCAACACCCUGUCAUCACCAACUUACAUCUAUCAAUUCGACCCGUCUGCCUCGCUCAGCGAGGUUGAGAUCACCAGUGUCAACUUCACCAUCACCUCGCCCUCAUACCUGCAGCUCACACUAGAGUCCAACUUUGUACUUGGAGACAUUCGCGCACUGUUGAUUGACAAUGCCGACGCUGACCACGAGGACUCGAUCCUCUACCGUGGCACCUUCACGCGCAACACCCAGUACAUGUUCUACCAGCUCGAGAACGGCACCUACACACUGAGCAUCAUGACUGGCAUUACCUCCAAGAACGCUGUGCUGCCACCAUGCGCCACCUACUCGCUCAAGAUGGCCAUCAAGCCAAACUCUGUCGAGGACCCAUGCUGGGGCAACCCAACAUUCCCCUCCAACUUGAACACGCCAGCCUAUCUCGGCACAUCCACAUCGAUCCAUUUGACCGACGAUUACAUGGUGCCCGCCAUCAACUACAUCUCCUCGUCCACUGCAACUACCCUCAAUGUGACCGUGCCCUCGUUGUUCCGUGCCUUCAUCGAGGAUGCGGCCAUUGACGUUGACAUCUCACUGUACGAGGGCACCAAGAAGGUGGCCUGGACCUCCAACUUUGCUGGUGAAGAGUCGCUCGAGUUCCCACUCAAGGCUAACGUCGCCUACAGACUUGUGACCUCUUUCUUCCAUUGGCCAUUCGUCACCGUGCCCCAGGCCUGCUAUACCUAUAGCGCAGCAGUCUCCAUCACGCCUUCCACCGAGAACCCCAAGGACAAGUGCGCGUCAUCACUGCCACCCACAAACUUCAUCAGUAACGCCUCAAUGGAUUACGCGCACGACGUUGGCCAGUACCAUUUCACACAGACAAACAAGAGUCUCACGCUCAACCUACCAUUCUCCGUGCCCAAGAACCUGAAGCUGAACGCCAUGUUCCGCGCCAUCCUCACCUACGACUUUGUCUGGAAUGAUCUUGUGAUUGCCCUGCUGGGCUCUGAUGGCACCACCAUCUCCUACUCGACACUGGGCUACAACCGCGCCGACAUCCUUCCAAUGACUCUGCCACCAGGCGACUACUUCCUCUCGAUCUAUGAGCCAUUUGCCAACAUCUUCCAAGGCGUCAUUCUGAACAACUGUGUGGACUUCACCCUGGAGUAUGGAAUUCAGCUGAUCGACGACACUCAGGUCAACCAGGACACGAUCAUCUGUGACAGCUUGUUGCUCCCCCAGACAUUCAACUCGAUUGGCUACAUGUCGGGCCUGACCGACGGCUCACUGUCAUUCCAACAGAACGUCCUGGUCGACGUGAUGGCUGGCAACGACCUCAUCAAGUUCACCUUGACUGCGCCAUCGCUGCUCCGUGUGUUCCUGCCCGCCCACAUGACCGUCGACAUUGACUUCUCAUUGUUGUUCGAGGGCAAGACCCUGCCCAUCGCCCGCAGUGUCACCACUGGUGAAGAGAUCAUCUAUAACCAGUUGGAUGUUGGCAACUAUUCACUCAAGUUCAUCUACUUUGGCAUGAACGGAUCUCCAUUGCCCAAGGUGGAGGACUGCACUGCUUUCCCAGCGUUCAUCUCGAUCGCCAAGGUGUCCAACUUGCUUGCCAUCCCGUCCAUCACUGCCAAGUGCACCAACGACAGCAUCACACCACCCGCUAACAUUAUUGGCAACCUGGCAUUCAACGCCACCUACCAGCGACUGAUGCAGGCGCCUAUCCAGCCCUCUGUGCUCUCCUUUACCACGAACGCCACUGGCCAGAUCCACGCAUACCUCAAAUACAACGACCUGGUCGACUCCAUGAUGAUGAAGCUCAACUACACGACCAUCGUCAAUGGCAAGUCUGUCGUCAAGACCAUCCGCCCACUCUACGAGGGCGGCCUGGCCACAUUGAACGAGAUCAUCCCGGCUGGAAGCUAUCAGCUCACUAUCUACGACCGCUACAACCAGAAGAACCCAGUACUGGGCAUCAACUGCGCGCAGUACAGCUUUGGCUACUUCCUCAACACGACCACGCCCGACGUGCCCACAUGUGACUCGACCAGCAUGCUCCCAACGGACCUGUUCUCCACACGUGGUGGCAGCUUCGCCUAUGGCGGCCCACAGAACUCUGACGGCGAGAUCCUGUUCACUGGCAAGAAGUUCUUCAUCACACCAGGCCAGACCUACAAGCACAACCGCAUCGACUUUAUGGUGCCAACCGUGCCAGUCUACAUGCGUCUCUUUGCCGAUGCCAUGCCGCUCAACGACAUUGACUUCUUUGUCUACAGCAACAGCUCGGACCCCAGUUCACUGGUCUUCUCUUCCUUCAGUGGAGGCAGCUCUGAGAGCGCCCUUGUGAAGCUGCAGCCACAGACCCAGCCAUACACGCUUGACGUCAACUUUAUGAGCAUCAACAGAAAGCAGCCAUGCAACUACUUCAAGUUUGAGUGGGCCAUUGAGACCGCCGACAACCUUGAGGAGGAUCUUCUGUGCCCAACGCCACUCCCCAACGAAGUGUCGCAGGUGCCACCAGAGACUGUCAACUUCCCCUUUGGCAAGGACCUCGAGGUCUCGUCGUCCAACUACAUGUUCACAUCGACUCGCAUCAACCAGAACCUUAAGAAUGGCGUCUUCACAUAUCGCAUGACCCUGGAGAUCCCAGCGCCGACCAUCUUCUUUGCUCAGGUCACCUUUGACUUCCUCGACAAUGACUUUGACCUCACACUGUCGCAGAGAAACAACGACGGUACCACCACAAUGUUAGCCUCUGGCACCAACUCGAUCCCCUCUGCACAGGACACCGCUUACAACUUCCUCAAUGGCAUCGAGUACAAUCUCACUGCUGGUGUCUAUGCGUUGGACAUCAGCGAGAACAUGAAGAUCAACAGCUUCAACAUCUCCACCAAGACCUGCCACUUCUUUGGCUUCCAGAUGGUCGGACAGUCGCUGGCCACCGGCAUGGCGCCUCGCAUCACCAGUGUCUCGCCACCCGGCGGCUUCAACAUUAACCCGUUGCAGCCACUCACGCUCACCAUUCGCUUCUCUGAGUCCGUCCUCUACAAUGACACCACCACCACUCUCCUUAACUCUAUACUUAAAUCCCGCGCCGUCGUGCUCACGUCCACCACCAAGCUUGGCAUGCAGGUCGUCCCCAACGAAGCCUACCUGAAGAAAACCGACCAAACGUCGCUUGUCGUUACCUUUGCCGGCACCCUCAACACCAGCGCCGCUUGGAACCUCACCAUUGACGCCUCCAAGUUCAGGACGAUGAACAACAUCCUGUUCCAGGACGAGAACACCACUUUGUCGCACGUCUACAAGAUGUUCGUCUGUGACUGUGGUGGUCACGGCCACUGCGUGCCGGCUACCAGCGGCAAUCCCGUGUGCACAUGUGACCAGCCAUGGACCGGCCAGUCCUGCACCAAGUGCAUGGCCGGCUACCACGGCGUCGCCACCACCUGUGUGGCCAACACCAAGUGCGCGCCAAUGAACGCCGACUGUAACGGACAUGGAGUGUGCAACAGCGACGAUGGAUUCCCCGAGUGCCAAUGCAACAAUGGAUACAUCACUCUCAACACUUCCAACAUGUGUGGCGACUGUGACAUUGGAUACACAGGCUAUCCCAAGUGUGUGACAAGCGAUGACGACCGUGGCACACUGUGCACUGCUCCCCUGCUUCCCCUCUCCCUCAACUUUACCGAGUACCUUGCCUUCAACAACAAGAUGCACAUCCAAGACAACUUCUACCUGGACUACCAGACUGGCAAGCAUAUCACGCUGAUCGAGAUCACUGUUCCAAGUGUGCUGCGUAUCUACACCGAGCCACACCGCGCAGAUGUUGACCUCUGGCUGUACACCACCAACCCAGAUGGUACCCAGGGCGAUAUGGUUGACCACUCGAUCACCUUUGGCCACGAAGAGGUAAUGCUCGACGUGUUGCAGCCAGGCACCUACAUACUGCAGUUCCGCUACUUCCUCUGGGACAGGUCCAUCACACUGGACUGCGAGACCUUCAACAUGGGGAGCUCUCGAUCGAUACAGUCGAUAACCUGGCCACAGACAUGA